CUCCUCUUUUUCUCAAUCCUAACUUUAAUGACGUCGACCGUCGCCAUCGUCCUCAGCGUGGUCAUUCCUUUAUUCUUUUUUACUCUCUUCGUCACACUGGCCGCGGUCUAUAGGCGCUAUCGCCGUCUAUCCCAAACCAACUCCUCUGAUGAGCGCUCGAGUCAGACUCGAAAUUUACCGACUGACGCUCCUCCCGAUCGGGCGGCUACUCCAUCAAGUGAGCUACCAAGGGCUAUCCCACUCCAACCCAUAUACAUACCCGGUUCCACGCAACAUCCAUCAAUGUCAACAGUCCGGACACGCACGGGUCCAUACGCUCAGUCCACCCAUACCGACCAGAGACCAGGUUCAUCAGUCACCAUUCUCCCCACUAUCCCCCCAGAUUCCGCGCGUUCACCACCAAGAACAACUCCUCCCACCACCCCAUUUAGUUUCCCUCCUACGUCCCCGACAUCGCCAUCCUCACCAGCUGGACAAGUCGCUUCCGAUGAAGAAGACGUUGCGGGUUCCAGCGUUCCAUCCGCGCGGACGAUUGAUCUAGACGCGUCGGAUGAAUUCGCGCGCGACUUAUUCUACCUACCACCUCCCCCUAAACGCACACGUCAGCUAGAUGAAGGGCAAAUUGUAUGACGCUCCUUCAACCCCGAGUCCACUCCGUUCCUGGGAAUAGGUUUUCAAGACAACCGGUCUGGCCUACGGAUCCAUGUCUGCAGAGUUCCGCCUCUGGCAUCAAUGAUCGCCAUCCAUUACCCUCUCUUGAACGUUUCCUGAUGGGAGCUUUUUCGGUUCAGGAGGCUAUGAGGAUUAAGACCAUCAUCAUGAACCCCAUCACUGUAUCACCUCCGCUCCGCUCAGCCCGAAAUAACACGUUCCCGGACUCCCGUCUCCCCCUCCGUUACUUCUCUAGUGGUGCAAUCAUCGUACGACAAC